UGUCUGGAUCGAAAAUGCUUCGUCUAUCGUUGGCUCAGGGUCUACGGACAAUUGCGACAACUGCGACGACGACAACGCCACAAUGCAGUCGGCUGCAAGGCAAAGUCGCUAUUGUCACUGCGUCAACAGACGGAAUCGGAUUUUCGAUUGCGAGACGGUUAGCGCAAGAAGGAGCGAAAGUAAUGAUAAGCAGUAGAAAAGAGAAGAAUGUCAAUCAAGCAGUUGAAAUACUCACAAGAGAGGGAUUAAAAGUUUCCGGACUAGUUUGUCACGUCGGCAAAGCGGAAGACAGAGCACGUCUCUUUUUAGAGACUAAAGCGCAGUUUGGAGGUUUGGAUAUUCUGGUGUCUAACGCAGCUGCGAAUCCAGCGGUGGGCCCAGUUUUGGAAUGUCAAGAGGCUGUGUGGGACAAGAUAUUUGAUGUUAAUGUCAAAUCCACGUUUAUGCUAAUGAAGGAAGCACUGCCACUUCUUAGAGAACGGAAAUCUUCAUCUAUAAUCAUAGUUUCUUCCGUUGCAGCAUACCAGCCUUUCAAUCUACUGGGAGUCUACUCAAUUACCAAGACGAGUUUACUAGCAUUGUGUAAAACAGUAGCUGAUGAUCUUGCAUCAGAAUCAAUACGGGUCAACUGUAUUGCUCCUGGGAUAAUAAAAACAAAAUUUUCAACACCGCUCUAUGAAUCCGAGGCAGCACAUGACUUGGCCAUGUCAAAAAUCCCUCUGCAAAGAUUAGGAACUACAGACGAAAUAGCAGGAAUCGCAGCUUUCUUAGCGAGUGAGGACGCAUCUUACAUUACUGGUGAAACUAUCGUCGGAGCUGGUGGCAUGUUAUCAAGACUCUGAGAAAUCUACAUCAAAUAUCAACAAUAUAAAUUUUGCAUUGUCUGACUCAACACCCAGGAGUCCAUAUUAUUCACAGGUAAUUUUUCAGAAACAAUUUUAGAAAAAAAUAAUGAUAACAUUUACAAAAAUACAUUUGUUACAUGCUUUUCCCCGAAUUAUCAAAGUUAACAAGGAUUCUUUCUUUGUAUGCUUGGCUUCAUAUUAUGCAUUAUAUAUUAUGUAUUGAUGAGAGUGCUCAUUAUCAUCGCUAUUUUAUCGGCUAAAAAAUUGGGAUACUCUUUGAAUUUAUACAAUGUAUUAUAGAGUUUAUUAGAAAGCUAUAAUAAAAUAACAUUUUUUUAUCAGUUAA